AUGGUGCUGAUCGACAAGCAUGAGCAUCUUACCGAGGAGGAAAAGCGCCUAAAGGAGGAUCGCGAGAGAACUCGUUACUGGAAGAAAUGGGGCCCUUAUGUGGCCGAGCGACAGUGGGCGACCGUUCGUGAGGAUUACUCUGAAGAUGGUGAUGCCUGGAGCUACUUUUCCCAUGACCAUGCUCGUGAGUACCUCAAGGAGCGUCUGUUCGGUCUCUCCAACCCACAAGGCAACCAUGGUGAGAGUGUAAAGGAAGCGCACUUCCAUGUCGAUAAUACCCCUACGCACUCGUACAUGAAGUUUCUCUACAAAUAUCCCCAGACCAAGUUCCCCUACGAACAAUUGGUUGAAGAAAAUGCGAAACGAUCACGCUUGGAACCGGAGUUCCAAAUCCUCGAUACCGAUGCAUUCAAGGAUAACAAGUACUGGGACAUUUUCAUCGAGACUGCCAAGGAGGGUGACGAUGAAGACGAGCUGAUCUUCCGAGUUAUCGCAUACAACCGUGGUCCGGAUCCAGCUCCCUUGCACAUUGUCCCUCAAGUGUGGUUCCGAAACACCUGGUCUUGGGGCUACGAGAAACAAAAGGCUAGACCCAUAAUCAAGGAAGACGGCCCGCGAGUUGCCAAAUCCAACCACGAGAAGCUGGGAGAGCGUUACGCAUGCUUCGCACCAUCUCCCCCUGUGGGCGAUGGAGAUGAAGAUAUUCAACCUCAGUUGCUCUUCACAGAGAAUGAGACCAACAACAAAAAGCUUUGGGGUACCGAGAAUGACCAGCCCUACGUGAAGGAUGCUUUCCAUCGCUUUAUCGUCGACGAUGAGAAAGACGCUGUCAACCCAGACAAAGAAGGAACCAAGCUCGCAGCCUGGUAUGCGUUCGAUGAUGGCGACGAGGUUCCACCAGGUGAAUGUGCGGUGGUUCGUUUCCGUUUCUCUCGGAAGAAGGUUGAGUUUGUCGACGAGGAGGAGAUUGAUGAUGUGAUUGAGUCGCGUCUUGCUGAGGCAGAUGACUUUUAUCACAACAUCAGCCCCCUCCCCAUGAGCGAGGAUCUCCGAAACAUUCAGCGACAGGCCUUCUCCGGUAUGAUGUGGUGCAAGCAGUACUAUAACUUUAUCUACGAUCAAUGGAGCACCGGUGACCCAGCUGAAAUCCCCCCACCGCCUGGUCGGAAGGGUAUUCGGAAUGAACAGUGGCGCCAUCUGUACAUCGACGACAUUCUGUCGAUGCCAGACUCAUGGGAGUAUCCCUUCUUUGCUGCAUGGGAUACCGCAUUCCACUGCAUUCCCCUCGCUAUGAUGGAUCCCGAUUUUGCGAAGAAGCAAUUGGACCUCAUGACUCGUGAAUGGUACAUGCAUCCUAAUGGUCAGCUCCCUGCCUAUGAGUGGAACUUUGGUGAUGUCAACCCACCAGUGCACGCAUGGGCUGUCUUCCGUACUUUCAAGAUUGAACGCAAGAUGUAUGGACGCCAGGAUUUGGAUUUCCUCGAGCGUGUUUUCCAGAAAUUGCUUCUCAACUUCACUUGGUGGGUCAACCGCAAGGAUUCGGAUGGCAAGAACGUCUUCGAGGGCGGUUUCUUGGGUCUUGAUAACAUUGGACUGUUCAACCGGUCCGAGCCAUUGCCCACAGGUGGUGUCCUUGAGCAGGCUGAUAGCACAGGCUGGAUGGCUUUCUACUGCCUGUGCAUGCUCAACAUUGCCUUGGAGCUGGCUAAGCACCGCAGGACGUACGAAGAUAUUGCAUCCAAAUUCUUCGAGCACUUUAUCCUCAUUAGUGAUGCGAUGACAUUCCGCAAUGGUGAGGAUAACAUUGAGUCCCUUUGGAACGAGAAGGAUAGCUUCUACUAUGAUGCCAUCUCUUACGGCGGACCAUGGACUCAGCAAUUGCCCAUCCGUUCUUUGGUGGGAUUGAUCCCACUGUACGGUGUGCUAACCCUUGAGCCGGAGCUGAUCAACAAGUUCCCCUCGUUCAAGCGACGAUUGGAAUGGUUUGUCGAGAACAAGGCCGAUGUGGCCGAGCGUAACAUUGCUAGCAUCAAGACCCGAGGUAAGGGUGAUCGACUUCUGCUAGCACUCGUGAGCAAGGACCGCCUGGAGAAGAUUCUCAAGCGCAUGCUCGAUGAGACCGAGUUCCUGUCAAAGGGCGGCAUUCGUUCCAUGUCCAAAUACCACGAGGAGAACCCAUACUCCAUGGACGUCAAUGGCGAGACGUUCAAGGUCGGCUAUGUUCCCGGUGAUUCGGAUAGCGCCGUCUUCGGCGGUAACAGCAACUGGCGUGGACCGAUCUGGCUAUGCGUCAAUUUCCUGCUGGUCGAGUCUCUGCUUCGCUUCUACAUGUUCUACGGCGACUCUUUCAAGGUAGAGUGCCCAACUGGCUCCGGUGACUAUAUGCAUCUGGGCCAUGUAGCCGAGGAGCUUCAGCACCGCAUGCAGCAUCUCUUUGCUCGAAAUGACGAAGGACGCCGUGCCUGCAACGGUGAUAAUGAUCUCCUUGAUUUCGACGAGCACUGGAAAGACUACAUGUGGUUCAACGAGUUCUUCGACGGUGACACCGGUCGCGGCUUGGGUACGUCCCACCAGUGCGGCUGGACGGGAUUGAUCGCAAAGAUCAUCCAUGACACAGGUAUCAACUGCCGUCUCCCCCAGACCCCACGUGGGCCCUUCGCCGCCGCUUCCCACUACUUCGACGACAUCUUCUCGCGUUCCGGUCGCGGCCGUGGAAUCGGCUCCAGAAGACCCUCUAUUCGCCGCUCUUCUACAAACCGAUCCAUCGGCAACCGUAGUGACUUUAAUUCGACCAUUGCGGGCGAUGCCACCCCGGGUGCAUCCUCUAUUCUGGACGACGACGAACAGAACAGCCGCCCUAUCAGCCGCCGUGGAAGCACCCCCGCCCUCAAUGAAGAUGGCCAGCGCGAGGAACACAUCAACCACUAUGUUGAGAGCCAGCUGCAGCGUGUGCGUAGCUCUGCCUCGAUUGCGACCUACGAGGAUGAGCUCGAGACGCAGGCUGAACAGGAGAACGGACACUCUGACCACUGA